AUGGCUUUUGAAACCGAAGCUCUAGUGGCGCGGGGUCCGUUCUCCGAGGGCAAGUGGGCCAUUGAGCCGGUGGUGUUGCGAGCUCUGGGGCCGGACGAGGUCCUGGUCGAGAUGGUCGCCUCGGGCAUCUGCCACACGGACUUGCACUGCGGCAACACGGCAGCUGAUGCCGGGGUGCCGAGCGUGUUUUACCCGCGGGUGCUUGGACACGAGGGCUCCGGCUAUGUCGUGCAGGCCGGCCGUGCCGUGACCAAGGUGAAGCCGGGCGAUGCCGUCCUGCUGUCCUUUUCGUACUGCGGCGAGUGCUACGUCUGCCAGGCCGGCACACCCUCGCACUGCCUGCGCUUCUUUGACAUCAACUUUCUGGGCGAGCCGGUCUUUGCGCCCCGGACGGCCGACAGCAGCAGCGCCGCAGUCACGGCCACGAUCGGCGGCCGCUUCUUCGGCCAGUCGAGCUUUGCGCGCCACGCCAUCGUGAGCGCUCAGUCCGUCGUCAACGUGAGCAGCCUGCAGCUCAGUCGCGCCGAUCUGCGUCUGCUGGCACCGCUCGGCUGUGGCUUCCAGACCGGCAGCGCCACCGUGAUCAACGUGGCCCAGGCCGGACCCGACGACAGUGUCACCAUUGUCGGCAUGGGCGGCGUCGGACUCGCUGCCGUCAUCGCUGCCCACAACCGUGGCUGUCGUGCUGUCAUCGGCGUCGAUCGUGUUGAGGCCCGUCUCGCCCUCGCUCGCUCGCUCGGUGCCACCCACACGGUCAACACCACCGGCCGGUCGAUGGACGAGGUCGCUGCGCUGAUCCGCGCUGCUACCGUCGAUGGACUCGGCUCGUCCAUCUCUAUCGAUACCAGCGCCCAUCCGCCCCUGCUCGCCGCCCAGAUCGAUGCUGCCCGCUACAUGGGCCGCAUCAUCCAGGUCGGCACCGGCAUGCCUGAUGCCCACGUCGAACUGCACAUGCAGAGCUUCAUGGUCAGCGGUAAGCAGUACUUUGGCGCCGUCCAGGGCCGCGUCCAGCCUGAAGCCUAUGUGCCCACCAUGGUCCAAUGGUGGCGCGAUGGCAUCUUUCCCGUCGAGAAGCUCGUCACCUUCUUCGAGGCUACCGACUUUGCCAGCGCCAUCAAGGCCAUGGGCAGCAGCGACGUCAUCAAGCCGGUGAUUGUGUGGUAG